AUGCAGCGCCACGUGGACAACACGCAGGCAGGGGACGGGCCGGAGGCAGAGCAGGACGAAGCCCCUCUGCUUGCUCAGCAGUCCUCCUCCCGCACAGGGCUCUGCUCCGCUCGCUGUGGCCUGGCCCUGGUCCUGCACGUCUCGCUCUUUGUGGCAUAUGCACUCCGGGUCAGCCUCAGCAUCGCCAUCGUCGCCAUGACUAACAGCAGCCAUCCCCACGGCUGGUCCGGCAGCGCUUCCCACGGCUCCUACCCAGGAUUUGCUCAGGACGCCCCUGUGUACGACUGGAGCGCUGAGACUCAAGGAAUCAUCCUCAGCUCCUUCUUCUACGGCUACGGCCUCACGCAGGCGCUGGGCGGGUACUGCUCGGGGCUGUUCGGGGGGAAACCCAUCCUGGGCAGCGGGCUCCUGCUCUCCUCUGUGCUCACCCUCCUCGUGCCCCGAGCAGCAGAGCUCGGUGUGAGCUUCCUCAUCGGGCUGCAGGCACUGCUGGGCUUGGCUGAGGGAGUGAUAUUUCCAGCUCAGUACACGCUCUGGGCAAAAUGGGCCCCUCCACUGGAACGCAGCAGGCUCAUGAAUAUCGCUGAUGCUGGAUGCACUUUUGGGACUUUCUUUGCUCUCCUUGUGGCUGGGAUCAUCUGCCAGAGUCUGGGGUGGCCUUUUGUCUUCUACAUCUUUGGUGGCGUUGGCUGUGCCUGGUGCCUCUGCUGGUUCCUCCUCGUGUACGAGGACCCUGGCCAUCACCCAUGGAUUAGUGCCGGGGAGCAGGAGUACAUCGUGUCAUCGCUGGCUCACCAGGGCAGCUCUCAUGGCCACUCCCUCCCACUUGUGGCCAUGGCUAAAUCACUGUCUCUUUGGGCGAUCACCAUUGCCUGCUUCUGCACGGACUGGCUGUUCUACAUGCUGCUGACCUCCAUGCCCACAUUCAUGAGCAACGUCCUCCAUUUUGACCUCAGAGAGAACGGGCUCCUCUCCUCCCUGCCUUAUGUUGGGAAUGGGCUGGGGCACAUCCUGGCUGGGCUGCUGGCUGAUUUCCUCCUGGCCAGGCGGGUGCUUGGCACAGCAGCCGUCAGGAAGCUCUUCUCAGCACUCGGGAUGCUGCCCCCAGCCGUCUUCCUGGUGGCUGUGCCUUACAUUGGCUGCAGUUCCACGGUUGUUGUGGUGCUUCUAACACUGGCCUUGACAAUAAUCAGCAACAGGGCCGGCAUCAAUAUUAACCACAUUGACAUAGCGCCCAGAUACGCAGGGUUCCUGCUGGGAAUCACAAAUACCUUUGGCAUAGUUGCAGGAAUUAUUGCUCCUACUGCAGUUGGACUUCUCGUCAGUCAGGAUCUCCAGACUGGCUGGAGGAAUGCCUUCUUCGUAUCUGCAGCCCUCAACCUGUUUGGCCUGAUCUUCUACAUAGCUUUUGGCAGCAGGACCAUCCAAGACUGGGCUAGGGAGGACACUGCUGUGCAAUGAGCGCCACGAAUAUGGGAAGGUACCCAAGGCAAUGGGCUGCAAAGGGGCACGGGUCAGGCAGGAGCCCCCUCCACUACCCUGCUCUCGCCUGCGCAGCAAAGCUCAGCCGUGUGUUCCUGCCCACGCCCCGGGGGCCCUUGCAGCAUCCUCAGGCGAUGGCUCAAGAUACACAGCCCUGCCUGCACUCUGACUCCUGAAGUGCCCAGCACCUUCACCCGGCUCUGUCCACCUUCUGAUCCCAAUCUACUCCUCUGGGGAGGCACCAGCCCUUCGACCCGUGUUGCCUGCUGUGUAUUUAACCCUGCCCUCAGCCUUUGCCCACGGGAAGGAACACUGCAGCGUGGACAGAUCCUAAAUGGGACCCACG